GAGAAUGUCAGCGCGUACAGUGAGGUUGAUGCUGACAGCGGUGGGGUUGAGGCUGACGAUGGGGUGGAGGACGAACAUUUCUACAACGAUCCUGUGCUCAGGGAACUUUUACAGAGAUCUAAGUUUGAAGCGAAGGGUCCGGUAACAAAACAGGAUAUUUUAGAGUAUUUGAGGAGUGAACUGAACCUUUUUGUACCAUCAGAGAAACAUGUGUUGUUGAGUGAGACUCUGUCUAAGAGUGGUGAACAUGAGGUGUCUCUUAAGAUUAACAGUAGACACAGGGAGAAUGUAAGAGUGGUAAUUAUACCCUGAUUACUAAGAUCAUCUUAUCAUGCUCUUUUCUGAGGAGUGUUAUUAAAUUGUUUGUAGUUAAGUUUUAUAUUCUAAUAAUAUAAUAUAUACCGGUAACAGAUGUGACCAUAUUUAAACAGCAGUGACUAUAUUAAAACAGCAGUAACCAUAUUGAAACGCUUCAUGUCCUUUCAGAACAUCACAUUAUUAUAGAGAUUGGUUUUGAUUUUAGUACCAACUUUGAUCUUAUUUGGAUACUGUGAUGUGUAAGUUAAAUUAUGGAGCAAAUUAAUUUAUUGCACUUUUUAUAUUUUCUUUUUUGAAUGUUAAGUUUUGCUUACUCGACCUCCUUGUAUUGAUACAGAAACGCAUACGAAAUUUUUAGACAUUGUCGAUCCAUUCAUCUUAAAAAUAAAAAUGAUGCGAAAAGAUACAGUAAUUUAACCCCAAUUUACCAUGCCUGACUUGCCGCAAAUUCUCAUUUACCACAGUUGUUUUCUUUUCGCAAAAUCGGUGGUAUAUUAGAACUUCCUCCCCCAAUACUUAUAUAUUCCUCCCCCAAUACUUGUAUUUACAACUUUAAUCUCAGUUUUCAGCUAUAUGGCUCCAAAAAUUAAAGUACCUGCCAACUUUGGUGUAGAACACAUCAACUCUCCUGUACACGGAAAUCUGCUUCUGAAGCUGAGAGAUGGACAAGAGAUUAAAACCAAUUCCAUGAUCAUGUCCUAUAACAGUCCUGUUAUUGACAAGCUCACCACCAACCUGUUCCAGUCCACGCUAGAAAUGGAUGAUUUCACAAAACCAGCAGUCGACUGUUUUGUUGAAGCGCUGUACUCUGGUGAAGUCGAUAAACUGGAAAAAGACAUCUUUGAAGAAGUUAACAAAAUGGCACAUGUAUUCGAUGUGUCUUGGUUGACUAAGAGAUGUCUGAAGUUUUACAAAGCAGACGUACUGAAGUUUGAGAAUAAUUCGUACAAAGAAAUGUUAUUUGCUUGCGAGAUUGCUAGCAGGGCGCAUUACAAUCUGAAAGACAGCAAGUAUGUCAGCUGUUUUGUGAAGAAUGUUACUUUCAGUGGUAACGGUAAAUUUAUCUUUUUACAGAGAUAUAUGGCUGGCUUUUCUGCGCUACCCAAACGUCGGAUUGACAUGUCCUUAGUUAUUGCUGCUAAUGAUCUGAACAUGAUCAGCAAUUUUGUUAUAUCCUACAUUUCUUCAACCUUAAAAUGCAAGGGAUUGGAUGAUAAUUCUCUGUACAUGUUACAAAAGCUGGAUAUCCAGAAGUUCAGCUGUACAUUUUCUUCUGAAUUAAAUGAAUUUACAGACUUCCUGGCCGCCAUUACCGAAGAUUCUGAAUGUGCUGAAAUGAAAGCGGUUGUAGAGAAGUUUGUUAAAGGGAGAGAUACUGAAGAGUCAAGUAGCUCUAAAGAAGAGCUAGAAGUUGAUGAAAGUAGUGAAGAUGUACAAGACAGUGAUGGUGAGGAUUGUAAAGAUGUUGCUAAUCAAACUGACGAAAUAGAGUCAGGUUGGAUACAGUGUGUUAGUAACACAAGUUACACCCUGUCACACUACGAACCAGUACAGAUGAUAACUAACCCUACACAGUUAGAGAACCAGAUACGUGUGUUUUAUACUCUAUCUGGAGAAGGUGGGAGUAGUGACGAUAGAAUUCUGAUUUAUAGAGAUGCUAAAACCAAUCAGUGGAGUUAUUAUAUUGGAGGAUGUACUGCACUCCGUGUCAAUAAACAGUUUCUAAACAAUGUACCAGCUGAUAAAUUCAAACACUGGAUAAUAACCAAAACUUCCACACACCUAAAGGUAGUGUGUAACAGAGUGACAGUUCUCAAUUUCAACUUUGCUACUGACUACACACCAGGUUCUGAGAAUAGUCACCAGGUUUGGUUGAAAAGGUGCACGAAUAUACGACUUGUUAAUGGUCAUGAUAACUUACUUGUUUUAAAUACAGGCGGUUAAUUUCUGUGUAUUAGUAAUACCAAUCUGACAUCUAAACUCUCAUUAUUACAGUGAAUAUUCUUUCAGAUUAAUUAUAGCAUUAUUGUAUCCAACAACUGAGCAGCGUAUACUUAUUAUUACACAUAAUUUAGUUAGGAACUCAUUAACCUUCUUAUAAAAUUCAGUAUUAAAUUAAUAGGCUCCGGCUGUGCUUGUAUUAAACAAUAUAUAUACAUCAUUAAUAUCGUAUUUUAAAUACUCUUAAUAUAAAACUGUAUCCAACCUUAUAACUGGCUUGUUCUAAAACUUUAAUAUUUUCAUUUAACGUAAACAAUUAUCUUUCUUUAUUUACGUUUUACUGAUUAACUUACUAUUAAUUAAGGAACUGGCACCCAUUCUGUUUUUAUAGUUUUAGAUAGUUAUUAUAUUACUCAGUGCACUAACAGGAUAGAGUAUUUGAGGAGUGAACCUGUUUGUACCAUCAGAGAAACAUGUGUUGUUGAGUGAGACUCUGUCUAAGAGUGGUGAACAUGAGGUGUCUCUUAAGAUUAACAGUAGACACAGGGAGAAUGUAAGAGUGGUAAUUAUACCCUGAUUACUGAGAUCAUCUUAUCAUGCUCUUUUCUGAGGAGUGUUAUUGUUUGUAGUUUUAUAUUGUGGUAACAGCUGCUCAGUUCCAGUGACAUUAUUAAAACGCUUCAUGUCCUUUUAGAACAUUAUAUUAUAGAGAUUGGUUUUGAUUUAGUACCAACUUUGAUCUUAUUUAGAUACUGUGAUAUGUAAGUUAAAUUGUGGAGCAAAUUAAUUUAUUGACCAUUUUAUAUUUUCUUGUUUGAA